AUGUCUUCUCCACGCCGUGACAUCAGUUUCAAGACGACCGAUGGCUUGGAGUUGAGAGGCUGGUUUUAUCCAGCAGGAAACAAAGCCCCCACUGUGAUACUAUCUCAUGGCCUCACCGGGAUCAAAGAACUCUUCCUAGACGCAUUCGCGGCUCGGUUUCAGGCUGCCGGCUUUGCCUCCAUUGUCUAUGAUUGCCGCAAUUUUGGCGCCAGCGACGGGUUGCCCAGAUACGAAGUCAAUGCGUUUCACCAGAUCGAAGACUAUCAUGACGCUAUCACUUUCGCUACGACUCUAACUGAGGUCGAUCCUGAGCUAAUUGCAAUCUGGGGCUCCAGUUAUAGUGGUGGGAAUGUCAUUCAAGCGGCUGCCGUUGACAGACGUGCCAAAGCUGUCAUCGCACAGGUCCCUUUUGUGUCGGGCAAUAGCAACGCACCUAUACUGAUGCCAAUCAUGCCAGCUAUACUUGCUGACCGUGCUGGAAUUGCAGCUGGCAAGGCUGGAGAGAUAGUUUCGGUCGUGGCAAGCAGUCUAGACGAGGCAGAGUCUCGGGCCUCGACGAGCAUCCUUCCAGAGGCAGAUGCGUACAAAUUCUUUGUGCACUCUGCCCUUCCCAAUGGCGUCAAAUGGGAGAAUAAAAUCACACUGCAGAGCCUAUUCAAGCUGUUGAAGAAUGAGCCUCGAGCAUACAUCCAUCGGAUCUCUCCCACGCCGUUCUUGAUGGUUGUUGCAGAGGAGGAUACCGCAGUGCAUGUGCCGACUCAGCUUGCCGUGUUUGGUGAAGCUGGGGAGCCGAAAGAACUAUUUUUCAUGGCUAAAACGGGGCACUUUGACCCAUACAGCGGGCCUGCGUUCGAGGUUAAUGUUGAAAGACAGAUUAGAUUUUUGAAGAUGUAUUUAACGUGA